AUGACAGGUCUCCCUGUGGAUGCUCCUCGAGCUGCAGCCACCCGACUUCGUUUUGCCGACGUUGCCGUCACAGCGACAGCCAACGAAUUCAAAGGAAUAUACCGCGGCAAGCAAUACCAUCCCGCAGAUUUUCCCAACACACUCGAUCGGGCGCUGAGCGCCGGAGUGGAAAAGGUCAUUUUGACGGGCAUGAGUCUGCAGGACGUGUCCACGAACCUUGAAAUCGCACGGUCUCGUCCAGCGGGUUCAUGCUUUUUCACCAUAGGCGUCCACCCAUAUCAUGCCGCCGAGCCUUUGGCCGAGGGCCCCUCGUAUCUCGAAAAGCUCAAAGAAGCCGUUGAGACGAAUCUUCACCAAGAUCGACGACAUCUGGCUGCAUAUGGCGAACUCGGGCUGGACUACGAUCGUCUCAAUCUUGCGGAUAAGCAGACACAACUCGCGACGUUCAAGGCGCAGCUGGACAUGUUCGUGGCCAAUCGAUGGGAUCUGCCGCUGUUCCUGCAUUGUCGUAACGCAUUUGAAGAUUUUGUUGAAGUGAUGAGUUCCUACGCGGACGUGCUGCCUUGCCGUGGUCUGGUUCAUAGCUUCGUGGGUUCUCGAGAACAAAUGGAGAAGCUAGUCUCAAUGAACCUCGACGUGAGCGUCAACGGCUUCAGUUUUCAGACCCGCGAGAGCUUAGACAUGGUUGCUGCGAUUCCACUCACGCACCUCCAAAUCGAAACUGAUGCUCCUUGGGGGGAGCUCAAGCCCAGUUCCGAGGUGGUGAAGAGGUAUCUGACCAACCUGCCUCCGCUGCCAGCGAGUAAGAAGAGGGAUAAAUGGGAAGCCGGUAGUAUGGUCAAGGAGAGGAAUGAGUCCUGCACGCUUGCCAGAAUUGCUUACAUCGUGGCUGGACUAAAAGGCAUCAGUGUAGGGGAGGUAGCAGGAGCGGCGUGGGAAAACAGCGCGAAGAUGUUCAGACUAUCUGAAGAAUAA